AUGGUGCGCACCACCAAGGAAACACUGAGCAAGUUGGACAGCAAGGACUGGAACUACAAGCUGGCGGUGUUCCUGUUCGGCCAACGGACGACCCCGCACACCGAGACCGGCCGCAGCCCGGCGGAACUCCUGAUGGGUCAUCGCCUAACCUCCCAGCUGGACCGUCUACACCCAGACAGGGCACCUGAGGUGGAACCGACAACGGAAUCGUACGAAGCCACCAGGGGGUUCUUUCCGGAGGACCCAGUCUACGCCAAGAACUACGGACAGGGGCCACCCUGGGUCCCCGCACGAGUAGUUCGGGACCUGGAGCCCCAGGGAUUCGAGGAAGCAUUGGCCCACGCACCAGAACCGCCGAACCCGGCCUCGGGUCCGGCCCCGCCCCCCGGAACCUCCGGCAUUGCCGCCGCCGGAAACGCCACAGCCGACCGUCCCGCCACGGCCACAAAGGGCAGCCCCGAACAGUACCCCGGAACUCUGCCGUUCCGCAAGGCCCAGGAAGGCCCCCGCAUACCACCAGGACUUUGGGUCCACACCUGGCAGGUCAUGUACGGCUGUGAGGUGGGGCCGGAGGGGCGGUUCCGCGGGGGGCAUCAGCAGUACGCCUACAACGGGGAGGACUUCAUCGCCCUCGACAGGGAGACCGUCACCUGGACCGCCCGUGUGCCCCAGGCCGAGGAGACCAAGAGGCGGUGGGAGGGCGAGAUGCAGUAUGCCCAGCACACAAAGGACUACCAGGAGGGAACCUGUGUGGAGUGGCUGUGGAGGUACCUGGGCUACGGCAAUGAGACCCUGCUGAGGACAGAGGCCCCAGUGGUGAGGUUGGCACGCAAGAAGGGCUACGAUGGCCAGGAGACCCUCUUCUGCCAGCUGCACGGCAUCUACCCCAAAGGGAUUGAGGUCACCUGGACGAAGGACGGGGAGGACCGGAUGGCAGAGACCAUGACGGGGGGUGUCGUCCCCAACUCGGACGGGACCUACAACACCUGGCUCAGCAUCGAGGUGGACCCCAAGGAGAAGGACCGCUACCAGUGCCGGGUGGGACACGACAGCCUCCUGGAGCCCCUGGACUUGGCCUGGGAGGAGCCGGCAUCCAACUUUUGGCUCAUUGUGGGAGUCGUCAUUGUCGGGGUCGUCCUCGCUGCCCUUCUGCUGGGGGCCGGGGUCGCCUUCUACAUGAGGCAACGUCGUCGGCCAGAGGGUGACUACAACGCAGCACCGGUUGAGUGA